AAACGCCAUCACCGUACGGAUGGCCCAUCCAUUGGGCCCGUCUCUCAUGUCCAUUAGCCUACAGCAGACGAACCAGCUAACGGGAACAGAUCGAGACCGCGGGGGCGAGACAAAGAGGAGCGAGAGGAAGAGAGAUGGCCGGCGGCGGAGGGCAUGGAGGAAGCACGACGUACAACGGGUACACCAUCCACCACCCCAAGCGCUGGCACACCCUCACCGGCAAGGGCUUGUGCGCCGUUAUGUGGUUUUGGAUUCUAUACAGGGCUAAGCAAGAUGGUCCUGUAGUUUUGGUAAGAUUUUUUUUUCAACACUUCAACUCUCGCCUUUUAGUUGUCUCAAAUAUUAGUAGUUAUGUCCCAUCCAAUCUUUAUAGGGUUGGCGUCAUCCUUGGGAGGGACAUGAAGACCACUCUCAGGGGCAUAGCCAUGGACAUGAGGCGUCUCAUUAGAAGUCCCAAGGGUGGCAGCUGAGAGGGGUCCCCGUUUGUUGCCUGUGUGACUGCAAUACUAGUGAAUAAAAUUGGUUUGGGACAUGGAGCUGUUCAUCUCGUUUUUUUUUGGUUAUUUCACAUACUUAAAAGUGGUGGAUUGGAAAACCAAGCCUGAUUUUAUUGUUGGAUUUUGCUUGUCUGGACUCCUUUUCAUGUGCAAUGGACUAUUAUAUUUCCUGUGAAAUCCUAUACUAGUACUAUUUCAAGUUCUGAAAAUUGGUG